AGACCAGCUCUUGUGUUUGUCCGUGAACUUGUUGUUCCACCCUCAGACACAGACACACACCAGCCUCCCGUCUCUGCACGCUUGUGUGUGUGUGUAUGUGAGAGAGUGCUAGCUACCUUGCAACUUUCUGUGCAGGAUCUUUAAUCAGCAUCACUGAGUCUCUUCUCACCUCACUGAGAAGAAAACAUGACGGACUCCUCAACCAACAUGCGGCUGAAGCUGCCGAUCACCUGCCUCAUCCUGGAGAUCAUCCUCAUCAUCCUCUUUGGCACACUGGUGGAGUAUGACUAUGACACAGACGCGGCAAGAUUUAAUUCAGACAGAAACGGCUCUCAACAUGAUCCCAUGCAAAAUGAAUUCUACUACCGCUACCCAAGUUUCCAGGAUGUGCACGUGAUGAUCUUUAUCGGUUUUGGUUUCCUCAUGACCUUCCUGCAGCGCUAUGGUUUCAGCAGUGUGGGGUUCAACUUCCUGAUAGCGGCCUUUGCAUUGCAGUGGGCAACACUGAUGCAGGGUUUCUUACACGGUUUACAUCAUGGGAAGGUUGAAAUUGGGGUGUUGAGCAUGAUCAAUGCUGAUUUCUGCACUGGUUCUGUACUGAUUUCAUUUGGAGCAGUUUUGGGUAAAACUAGCCCUGUCCAGCUUCUUGUCAUGGCAAUGUUUGAAGUCACCUUGUUUGCAGUGAAUGAACAUAUCCUUGUGGGCAUCCUGGGAACAAGGGAUGCUGGAGGCUCCAUGACCAUCCACACAUUUGGAGCCUACUUUGGCCUGAUGGUGACCCGAAUCUUGUACCGACCCAACCUGCACAAGAGCAAACACAAGAACAGCUCAGUCUAUCAUUCUGACCUGUUUGCUAUGAUUGGUACCAUCUACUUGUGGAUGUUCUGGCCCAGCUUCAACUCCGCCAUCACAGAACACGGUGACGCCCAGCACCGCACAGCCCUGAACACCUACUACUCCCUGGCAGCUUGCACGGUGUCAACUUACGCCUUGUCUGCACUCACAGCUCAUGAUGGCAAACUGGACAUGGUUCACAUUCAAAAUGCUGCUCUGGCCGGUGGAGUCGCAGCAGGAACAGCAGGUGAAAUGAUGCUGACACCUUACGGCUCCAUGAUCGUUGGUUUCCUGGCUGGCAUCAUCUCUGUUUUGGGAUUCAAGUACCUCUCACCCAUCCUGGAGGAAAAGCUAAAGAUCCAGGACACCUGUGGAGUUCACAAUCUGCACGGCAUGCCUGGUAUCCUGGGGGCGAUUGUAGGAGUGGUCACUACUGCUGUGGUAUCCCGAAAUGUUUAUGGAGAAGGUUUGAUCAAUGUGUACCCUGAAGUGGAGAGAGAAGAAAGAGAUUUGCAUUUCCAGGCUGGUAUUCAGGCAGCUUCCCUUGCUAUCACCCUAGGCAUUGCCUUGCUGGGAGGGCUCAUUGUUGGUUUCAUUUUGAAACUGCCUGUCUUUGGUGCUCCUCGUGACACCGAAUGCUUUGAGGACAGCAUCUACUGGGAGGUGCCUGGCGAGGAGCCGAGCCAUGACAACCAGCUGACCGUUGUGAAGACAGAGGAGUCGGAGAAGCUCAGCUGCUCGACACACCCAAGGGAAGACUGACUCACGCACACACACUCCGAGAUUUAAUAUCCUAGGGCCUGAGACCUUGUAGGUUUUUUAAAAAUAAAACGUACCGAUAUUUUUUUUUUUUCACGUCAACUGUCAAAUUGUGUGUUUUAUCCAAACAACAUUUUAAAAUCCCCUUUGUCUUGUCUUGUCUUGCACAACUUCAACCACUAGAGCUCUAUCUACAGCUACAUUAUUCUGUGCUACAGAGCUGGGAAAUGGACUGCAUUGGGAAAUGAUAGGUCAGUUUGUUGAAACGUGCUUUUUAAAUGUCCCAUAAACCAAGACGUGGUUAGAGAAUUUGAAUUUAAUAUCCAAUUUAAACCAAAGACAAACCUGCAAUGCCAGACCACUGCAUUCUAAAUCAGCCUAAAAGAAAAUUAAAGGAUGGGUUACAUCUUAUAUUAAACCUUUUUUUUUUGGUAUGAUUAGUUAGUUGGUUUUAGUUAUUUACCUUUAUAUUAUUUGUAUGUUGAACCUUUGAGUAAACUAAACGAAAUGUUUAGAUUGGCCCUGAACAGACUUCAUAAUAUAUGACAUCUACGUUCUGCAUAAAUGUAACGAAACAAAAUUCUUUUCAUAUGUAUUAUUGUUUUUUUGUGACAAAAUAAAUUGCCUAAAAAGCA